CUGCGGGACCACGAAGCUCCUCGCCGCCGUCGAACCGAUUCUGGAUCUGACCGACUCGCUCGCCGUCCACGAUGUGCUCUACACCCGCGACGGCUCAUCUUCCCCAGCGUCCAGCCGGCGCCGCACCGCAGCUUCUCCGAGGAAGUCGCCGCGCUGAACGAAUUCUUCAACUUCUCGGAGGACGGGUUCAGCUACGCCAUCUACGAAGCGAUGAGGUUUGUCGCGGGGAAGACGACCCUCGACGCGCUGGUGGUGCGCGUGCCGAACUGCUUCGAGCCCCGCGACUUCUCCGCUGCCGUGACGUGCAGGAGCGCGGGGGCGCAGCUCUGGGCGAUGGAUCUCGUCGACAUAUCUCCUCGGCCGCCGCCUCGACCUCCAGCCUCGAUCUAUGCUUCGAUUAUCCAGUUUCAGCUAGAGCCUAGUCGCCGCCGCCGCAACCGACGUUGCUAUGCCUUUCUCUUCGCAGGCUGCUACUGA